AUGUCGAUUUGUUGUAGAAAGAAAAAGAUGGAAGAAUUGGGAGCUCGUCUAUUCUCGCGCAUGGUUAUUGGUGAAAUUUCGGUAGCUGGUGCAACAUACAAAACAAUGGAGUUUGUCGGUACUGCUGUUGAACGUUUAACAACAGGUUCAUUGACUUUUCAGUGGAUCUUCUUGGUUGAGUGGAAGAAGACCAGUUCUUUGGCUAAGGAGCAUCUUUCGUGUUUUCUUGUCACAGGGCAAGACUACCUGUGCGUUAUGAACCUAUCUACAGUGAUGAGCACGCCAGGUAAACCACUUGUGUUUUCUCCUCAUUCUCCUGAUAAUCGUGUUUUGGCAAGAAAAUGCAAAGAUGUUAAGAUUGACAAGAGUAUAUAUUGGAUAUUGUACUGGUGCAAAGACAGAGGACUUCAGCGCUGCUGCAAAACUUUUCCUAGCUUCUGGAAAGAAGGUCAAAGUUCCAAUCAUUCCUUGUCCCUGCUACUCGGAAGGUGUGGAUGGAUUUAUGUACUCUUCCAGUUCCAGAAUCUGGUGACAAAACUUGUUCACAGAAUUUUGAGGAUGCCGGCUGUGAUAAACCAGCAAGCAGAGGCGGAUCCAGGAUUCGAAGGUUGCGGGUGCCACCAUAUUAUGCAUACAGUAUACAUGUCAGUAGAUACAAAGACAGAUUAGGAAUAAUGGGUCGGUUCGGUUAGUUUUUGGUUAAUUUGAAUAGGUCUU